AGAUUUUUUAGAUGUCUCCAGUUCGUGUGGAGGCUGGGACGUGUUUGUCCGUUCUCGCCUCUUCGUAAAUUGUUACGUGACGAUAUAUAAAACUGACGGCCGGAUUUUAAGUGUUGAAGGAAAUAUCGUAAUAGUCGCGAGUGUUUUGUUGAUUUGUGAUCGUUUGUGAAAAUUUGGAAAAUGCUGUGGGAUUUAAACGGCUGUUCGAAAUUUCGGUGGUGAAUCGAGGCGCGAUCUUUACCGAUGGACAAUCUAAUGGUGCCUCCGAGUGUCAAGGGCAUCACUGCCAAGAGAUUGGGAAGAGAUGAGGUGGAUCCGUGAAAUUUAUUUGUACCACGAUUACAAAAUGCUCCUGACAGUCUACGGCGCACUACUUCUCUGGAGAAUCGACGGCGUUGUUGAAAGCACAAAAGUAGUGAAAAGCAGUAUGCGGUAUCAGACGACGUCACCGCUAAGCAGAGUCGGACCAACUGCGUCGCUCCGUGACAGUGAGCCUAACUUUGUUGGUCCCAUUGAAAACGUAACGGUUGCAUUGGGCAGAGAAGCAGUGCUCACUUGUUCUGUAUCCGACAUCGGUGACUAUAAGGUUGCAUGGAUAAGAGCUGACGACCAGACAAUACUCACAUUACACACGCGACUCGUGACGCACAGUUCUCGCUAUGCUGUCACCAACGAUUCUCCAGACUCCUGGCAGCUGCACAUCCGACCACUGAAGGUUGAAGAUCGAGGUUGUUACAUGUGCCAGAUCAACACAAGCACCAUGAAGAAACAGAUAGGAUGUGUUGAUGUUCUAGUUCCACCAAACAUAGUAGAUGAAGGUACCAGCGGGGACGUAGUUGGUCGAGAGGGCACAGAUGUCAGUAUCUCGUGUAAAGCUGACGGGAGGCCCUUACCGCGAAUACUGUGGAGGCGAGAAGACGGCGCUAACAUACAGCUGAGGAAUGAAGUGGGAGAGCUUUAUAAAGUGGAUAUCUACACGGGGUCUUCACUAAAUCUCACGAAAGUGGAACGACGACAAAUGGGUGCUUACCUGUGUAUAGCAUCCAAUGACGUGCCGCCAUCCGUCAGCAAGCGGAUAAUGCUGAGUGUAAACUUUGGACCUUCUAUAAUGAUAUCGUCAAAAAUGAUAGGAGUUCCCACUGGUUCGCAAGCCGAGCUCCAGUGUCUUGUGGAAGCUUACCCCCCGGCCAUCAACUAUUGGUUAAAAAGUGGAGAAGAAAUGAUACUCUCUGGGGGUAAGCAUGAAAUUAACGAAAUCCGUGUCUCCUCGUACCAGACGAGGACGAUCUUAACCAUCACAGAGUUUAGAACUGAAGAUACAGGAACGUAUACGUGUGUUUCAACAAAUACUAUAGGAAAGGCUGAAGGAACAUUAAGAUUAUAUGAAAUUAAGAUAACAACAACAACCACAACGACGACGACGACAACCACGACAACCACAACAACAACCACGCCGGCGCCAACAACAACAGAGAUGACGACACCGCCACAUUUCGUGGUGGCGUUACAACCGGCUGAGCAAAAAUUUUAUACGCCAGAUGUUACGACAUACGAUACAAUGCAGAAUGUGAUUGAGCAGUCCGUCCUCGACAACAACUGGCAACCGACUGCAGAAUCAACAGCGUUUAGCUCCCAUCAAGCUUUGCCACUCCACGCUCUCGCGGCGAUCUCAGGGCUGCCGCAGCUACUAUUUUACAUUAUAUUUAAUUUAAAAAUAAAUUUUACAAACGCAAUUCAACUUAAAUAUCAACAAAUAAUACGCGGUGCAAGAUGAUAAGUUUAGUGAUUAAGUCAUAUGUGUCAAUUUAAUGUUAUACAAAUGUAAUGUUAUUUUGUAAAUUAUUGAUAUCUAAUAUAAAUUGCUCAUAAUGAUAUGCGGAUGCUAAUGGUGAAAAUUGUGAUUAGUUACAGCUAGUCAACCUUUUUCAUAAGUGCGUUGAAUUUAUUAGUCAUUUAUUUAAGCCAAUAUCGACAUGCUAAUAUAAU